GCCCACUUGCCAGCCAGCAUUUCUCCCGGCCCCGCAGUUCGAUCUCGUCGUUCUUCGGAAUCGGCACCCGCCGCCGUCCCUUCUCUCUCGCUCGUUCUCUCUUUCGUCUUCCCCGCGUCUCCGGCGAGGCUGCGCCAGUGCGCCGACAUCACACCUUGCACUCACCGCGAACAGAGGGGGAAGGAGAUGGACCCGGAGCUUUUGGAGCUGCAGCGGCAGCUGGAGGCGGCGCAGAGCGCGCGGUCGAGCGUGCGGCUAUCCGAGCGGAACGUGGUAGAGCUGGUGCAGAAGCUGCAGGAGCGCGGCAUCAUUGAUUUCGAACUCCUCCACACCACCUCCGGGAAGGAGUACAUCACAUCCGACCAUUUGAAGCAUGAGAUUAAGAUGGAGAUCAAGAAGCAAGGCCGCGCAUCCCUAGUUGACCUAUCAGAUACCCUGGGUGUAGAUCUUUACCAUGUCGAGAGGCAAUCACAGAAGGUUGUCUCAGACGAUCCCACUCUAAUGUUGAUAAAUGGUGAGAUCAUGUCACAAUCUUACUGGAACACUGUGACAGAAGAGAUAAAUGAAAAGCUGCAGGAGCGCAGCCAGAUUGCCUUGGCUGAGAUUGCUGCUCAGCUGCAUAUUGGAUCAGAGCUUGUUAUCAGUAUCCUCGAGCCUCGGCUUGGAACUAUUGUGAAAGGAAGGCUAGAAGGUGGACAGCUAUAUACUCCAGCUUAUGUCUCACGAAUUACUGCCAUGGUCCGUGGUGCGGCAAGGGGUACAACAGUCCCAACAAACUUGCCAUCUGUUUGGAACUCCUUACAGCAACAGCUUCAAGAGAUGCAUGGUGCUAGUGGAGUUUCUGUGGAAGGUUCAUUCUUCCAGUCCAUUUUCAAUGGUUUGCUAAAAGAAGGUGCUGUACUGGGAUCAAUCCGCGCUGGAGGGCAGUGGACACCAGCUGUUUUUGCCCAUGCUCAAAAGGAGAGUGUUGAUGCUUUUUUCUCACAGAACUCUUAUAUUGGGUAUGACGUGCUUCAGAAACUUGCAAUCCCUCAGCCUAAACAGUACCUGGAGGCCCGAUAUCCAGAUGGUAUUGCACUGGAUGCUGUUUUUGUUCAUCCUUCUGUGGUUGACAUGCUCGAUACUGCUGUUGGUGAUGCAAUUGAUAAUGGACACUGGAUUGAUUCUCUUUCGGUUCUUCCCUCAUAUAUUACUGGCCCUGAUGCAACCAGAAUUUUGUCCAUCUGUCCAUCCCUGCAGAAGGCUAUCAAGUCUUCUAAAGCAGUGUUAUUUGGAGAAUCAUGUGUCUUUAGUAACGUGUUUAUUAAGGGUAUUUUUGAUCGACUUGAGAAAGAUAUGGACUCUUUUGGUAUUGGACAUAGUGUUGGUCAAGGAAGGCCUGUGAAUAUGAAUCUGUGUAGUGAGCACAAAACAGGAUCUGGUCAGUACUCAGAAACAAAAGUUCUUGGUGAUAAUGAUGCUGGCAGUACUGGUGUUUCAUCAGACAGAGGGUCAAAGAAGAAAAGGGGGAAAGGGACAGGGUCUGCCAAAGGUGGUUCACUUGAAAAGGAUGACGACAACGAAGAAAGUAUUCCUGUUAAGGGAAAGAAAGCUCAUAGGAAAAACAAGGAUGUUGGUUCAUCUGGCGAUGUAAAACACGGUGGUAAAAAAGCUUCAGAGAAAAUGAAAGAGAGUACAAAUAUCUUUCCUGAUGAAUUGAUAGAGCAGAAGGUUUUGGCUGUUGCUCCAGAAUUAGAGGAGCUGGGAGGCUCUGAUGACUCAAAUGCCCCCCUUAAAUUGUUGUCUUCUCACCUGAGGCCAAUGCUUGUUGACUCAUGGAUGAAGAAACGGAACACUAUGCUGUCAGGAAAUGCUGAAAGGAGGCGACGCUUGCUUGAUAAUCUGCAGAAGCAGAUAGAUGAGGCUGUCCUGGAUAUGCAACUCUAUGAAAAAGCUUUGGAUGUAUUUGAGGAUGAUCCGGCUACUUCCGGUAUCCUACACAAGCAUCUGCUAAAAAGUAUGGGCACUCCAAUAGUUGACAAAGUUUUGAUUACAUUGGAUAAGGACAGAAAAUUGAAGAAUGGAAUGGAGGUUGAGGAUAGCGAAGACGAGCACGUUCAAUUGAGCACUGCUGACAGAACCUCUCUGGUAAAGGAUCUUCCUGGUGCAUUAUCAUUGAAGGCUCAAGCUUUAAUUGAAGCACUGGAGGGAAAGAGAUUCAAUUCAUUUAUGGAUGCCUUAAGAGAUAUACUGGAGGAAAGUGGCUUGACAUUUAAGAAGCUUGAUAAAAGAUUAGAGAGGACAAUGCUGCAUUCCUAUCGCAAGGACUUGACAGCACAAGUUUCUUCAGAGAGUGAUCCUGUUUCCUUUCUUCCAAAAGUUGUUGCUUUACUUUUUCUGCAGGCAUAUAAUAAGGCUCUUCAGGCACCAGGAAGGGCUGUCGGUGCUGUUAUUGCACUGCUGAAGAAGCAUCGAGCGUUGCAUCAUGUACCUGAAAAGGACAGGGAACCAGAUCAUCAAACAACCCAUCUAUUGCAUCUGCAGCAUCAAUGGAAUAGACAGCAUUUCUUAACCCAUGCGCAGCAAGAUACGAUGCGGCCGAGGCUCCCGACGUCGCUCUGCUUCAGAACCUUCUGCAGCAGGAUAAGCUGCCAGCUUCAACCUACAAGGUACUGGCUGAUUAUCACAGCACUACAGUGAAACUUUUAGCACUACAAGCUGCUGCUACUGAUGAUGAAGAAGAUUGCGCAUCGGACCGAAUGCGAGAGAAGAAGGAAGAUCUAGAAGAAAGGCUGAUGCCGGAACUGAAAUCCCUGGUCCUUGGCACAUCCAAAGAGUGAGCAGCUAGUCGCGUGUAUGCUGGGUGCGUACAUACACAGAACAAUUCUCAGCUUUGAAUCUUUCUUUGUGCUCAGCUCUUGCAAGCCCCUACCUGACAAAAAAAUGGAAAGUGACCCGCUGAUUGUAAAAAUCAUGAUUUAUAGUAAUGUUUACAUACCUGGACUCCAGGGGUUCUGUAGUGACAACAGAAUUAUGCUAUCAUGUAAUACAGAAUAUAGUGGAUGUUCCUAUCAAAUUUAGUGGUAAAAGAAAAGACUUGUUUACUAGUGAA